CACCACACACUCCUCACACAAAUUACAAACAUGAGCAGAAUCGGCGUAACCAUUCUUACCGGAUUCCUCGGUGCAGGAAAGACAACCCUGCUGAAUAAUAUUCUGAAGCAAGUAGCUGAGAACGUCAAUAAAACCUCGUCCUUACCCAAGCGCGUCAGCGUCAUAGAAAACGAAUUCGCAGCUGCCGUUGGCUUCGAAAACGAGGUCCUUACGCCACAGUAUGCGCGGCUAGAGAACCUGUAUGAGUUUGGAUGGGGAUGUGUCUGCUGUUCGUCUAGCGGAGAACUUAUCGGUGUCCUAGGCGAUAUUGCCGACAGAAACAAGACUGCAGAAGGAGAAGACGAUUUAACAGACCAUGUUAUCUUAGAAAGCACCGGCCUUGCUGAUCCUGCGCCUAUUUUAAACCUAAUCAGCCAGAACAGCGGAACAGGCAUUGAAGAAGAGUUUUACGUGGACUCCAUCAUCACCGUAGUGGAUUCCAGGAACUUCAUCUCCACAACCGUUAAUGCCAUGGUUACAAAGCCAAAAGAUACCACAGAAUCAGCGUACAAGAAUGAACGUAUUGCACAAAUUCUGACUUCCGAUAUCAUCAUCCUUAACAAGUUGGAUCUAUUAGACUCAGCCACUCGAGACGCCGAUAUCGACAGAUUACAAGGCUUUAUCAAAGACUACAACCCUACAGCCAAUAUCAUAAAGACAUCGUAUGGUGAAGUCGACGCAAGCAAACUUUUUAACGUUCGACCCGAAAACGAACUGGCUGCAGAAGUGCUGAAUUCCGAAACUCAAAAGCAGCAUGAUCCAAGUAUCGAGCAUACUUUAGUUCUUGUUGACGGGGAUGUUGAUGUUGAAAAGGUCAAGAAGCUUGUGAACGAUAUGACAAGCAAACUUGGUGAUAAUUUGUUGAGAGUCAAAGGUGUAUUGUCUGUACCAAACAGCGAAUACAAGAUGGUCUUACAAGGAGUCAAUGAUCAACUCUCGGUGACAGCGCAUCAAAAAUGGGGAGCUUCAGAAUCAAAAAAUUCAAGACUUGCAUUUAUUGGAAAGGACAUUCGACGUGAAAAUCUUCAUUUGCAAGGUGAACUAGAAGCAGCUCGUAUAGCUUAAAUUUGAGGUUAUAAAAUAUGUAUAAUAUGUAACAAAUUGUAUCAUUUUCAACGCGUUCUAAAUAAUAAUGAUUAUGCGUCAUUAACCAGGGAAUCAUAGCCGU